UGGGUUCCUGGGUUCUGAUGUGGUCUUGCGAUGCAGCGUAGUGAGCCCAGACCACAUGUGUGUGUGUGAAUUUGAAGUGGGCUCGUGCGGGAAGCUUUGGAAUCCAGUGGACUCAUGAAGAUUUGGGUCCAGGAAUAGCGUCCUCAAUUAGAAAGUGUCUGGCCUCGAUGUUCUGGAUGGACCCAAUUGGAAAAAAACACACACAACGAGGAAGGAGUAGUAAUGUUUGUGAGGAUUAGAAUUUGUUCCAUAGAGAAGUCUUGCAUCUUCGAAGUUGGGUGUUCUUGGCUGUAGUGUGUGAUUUUUCAGGUGGAUCGCGGGGAACCCUUGUGAAGUCGUGCGUUCAAUACUUACGUCGAGGGAUCUAAAUAAUGCUUCUUCUUGCAUGUUUUGUUGCGGCAGAGAAUCAAGGAUCAAAAGGCUUUUAGGAUUUCAUAUGCUAGUAGUAACGUUUUAGGGUUAGGUCAUUUGACUGAUGCUGUUGGUUUCUGAUUUGAGCAAUCUCUCUGUCCAACGUGGGUUUUAAAAUCCAUGUUGAUUGUGGUUAAGUGACGUAUGGUAGUAGAAGCAUAAUUUCGCAGUCGUUCUUCCUCCAAGGGUUAGGCUUAGGAUUUUAAGAAUCGAUGAAAUUCCGGAAGUAGUUCGACCGAGAAAAUAUCGACAAAUGGCAGGUGAUGACGAGAGUGUGUGUGUAUACUAUGGCACACCAUUAGUGAGCGAGGUAGAGUUGAAUCCGCGAAAACGCAAGGCUGCCUUGGAUCAGGGCAAGGCUUGUCAAGUUGCUCCAUGGAACCAAGAGGUUACGGAUUCUGAAGGCCGCCGACGAUUUCAUGGGGCUUUCAGCGGGGGAUUUUCUGCCGGCUACUACAACACUGUGGGCUCUAAGGAAGGAUGGGCUCCAACGGCCUUCACCUCCUCUCGUCAGUCCCGAGCAGACAAGAAGUCACAAGCUGCCUAUGACUUCAUGGAUGAAGACGAAAAGGCGGAGUAUGAUGCGAAGAACUUGGAAGUACGCUCCGACUUUGACACUUUUGGGUCUACUGCUGCUGAAUAUGCACGCCGCCAAGCUGCGAAAGAAAUUGGUGACAGACCUUCAGCAAUUCCAGGGCCAUUAAUUGAUGAGAUUAUCGUCCCUGUAAAUGAAUCCACAGGUGUGAAGCUUCUGCGUUUAAUGGGAUGGAGAGGAGGAAGACAAAUUGGACCCAAGCAUAUUGCUGCCGCCUCAGGUGCUAAGAGGGAAGCUAGAAAAGCGAUGAUGUCCCUUGCUCAGAACGAGUCCAGCAGUAAAAUUUUACCUGGAACAGAAGAAUCUCUGGCAGUAGGUGAAGACGGACAACUUGCAGACGAGGAGGAUUUCGAUAUCGAAGUGCCUACAGCCACUCCUAACUUUGUGAUGAACCCCAAAAAGGAUCUGUAUGGACUUGGCUUUGAUCCGUUUAAAGACGCUCCAGAAUUUCGAGAGCGUAAGCGUGCUCGGGAAGAGGACCGGUCUGGUCAUGGUGGCUGGAGAGGUCAUGCUUUAGCGCUCAAGAGACCUAGCCUUUUUCGUCCAAAUGCUGGAAAAAUGGGAGCUGGGUUUGGAAUAGGAGCUUUGGAAGACUUGGGCGAUGAAGAUGAAGACGUCUAUGAUCAAGGUAUGGAGUUUGAAGUUCAAGAGUUGGAGGAUGAUGACAAACCACCAGAAAAGCCUCAGAAGUUGCUAUUAGAAGAUCCCCUACACAAGGGUAGCACCUUGCCAGGCUUUCAUCUCGCUAAAGAGCCACCUAAGAAGAAGCCAUGGUUUUCGCCACCGAUUAUUCCCAAGAACUUUAGUUUUGUUCAUAUAUUCAAUAACCCUCUAUGUUCUGAACGCUUGCAAGAUAGACCUGCACCUCCAGCUGCUCAGCCACCUGAUGAUCCAGAGCAAUGCAAGUAUAUAGAAGGAUUAGCGUCGUUUGUAGCGAAAAGUGGUCCACGUCUUGAGGAAAUCUCCAAAGAGAAGCAAAAGGAAAACCCCAUGUUUGGGUUUCUAUUUGGAGGUCCUGGCCAUGAUUAUUAUGUUCGUAGACUGUGGGAGGAAGAGCAAAAGCUUGUGAAGGAUGGCAAGCAACAGAUUCAAAUUGAUAAUGCUCAAAAUGAGAAAGCAGGGAAACAGUCAAAUUUCUCUUCUCGGUUGGCUGCUAACGAACGAGGCAGAAUGCUGGGGGAGAUACCAUUACCAAAAGGACCUGCAUCUGCACAGAGACUCGAUUCUCCAGUUGCCUCUAUGGUUGGAGCCGAUGACCGUGCGCGACUGCAGUCUGCUCUUUCGAGCACAUUCACAUCUACUUCCAGUGCUGGAGAAUCAGCUGGAAAUUUCCAACCGUUUAAGAAUGACCUUGCGAAGCAGAGUCGGUUUGAACAGUUUUUGAAGGGUAAAACAACUGGAGGUUUAUGGAAGCCAGUAAGCGGGGGGAGUGGCUUGUCUGAGGCUGAACGUUCUCAAGAAAUAUUCGAGUUUGAAACUAUCGCACGAAUGCAACAGGAAGGUCUUACACCUGACAAACGCUCCCAUUUGAAUGCUCCAGGCAAGCCUGUGCCGGAAUUGGUUGCCGUGAUGGGGAGUCGUUUUACAGCAGCGGGGAUUGAGACUACCACUACACUCGCGGAAGCCGCUGUAGGCAAAGAACUUGUCUUGCGAGAACUAGUCAAGAAGUAUCCGAUCAGGGAAGAAAAUUCUUGGAGGCCGGCUCCUUUGCUCUGCAAACGAUUUGACUUGCUAGAUCCAUUCGCUGGAAAGGCGCCUCCCCUACCAAAGCCUCGAAGUCGCACAGAAUCGUUCAUUCUUCUCACAAACCCUGUGGAAAGCAAUUUAGAGUUGCGACACCCACCUUCACAAGCAAACUUCACCCAAAAGUCCGUUAUCCAAGACCCCAAAAUAUCAGAAUCGGACGAAAGGUACGGAGAGGAGCUUGAACAAAUAAAUGAGAAGAUUGAACCAAUUCCUGAGAGACCAGUUGACUUAUACAAGGCGAUAUUUUCGGAUGACUCUGAUGAUGAUGACGAGUUGGCUGAACCUGCUCAACUAUCAGCACACGCGGGAGAUGCCAUGAAGCGUGCAGAAGCUGCUAACACAGCUCUAAACAGGCUCGUUGCUGGUGAUUUCUUAGAAUCGUUGGGAAAAGAACUUGGGCUGGAGGUUCCAGAGAUAACCCGACCAACUGGAGAUAGAGCUGAAGUUAAGGAAAGAGAUGGUGGUUUGGGAAGAAGUAAGAACAAUGAUGAAUACAGAAGGGGUGAAUCCAAACUACAAAGUAGCGCGCCGGUUGAAGUUGCUAGGGACCAGCGUGGCUUCUCCAUGCGCCAUGAAAAAUCUCCAUUGGGGCGUCAAUUGCACAAGAAUGGUACAGUUGUGGAGGAUGUGUAUCGGAGAGACUCGCAGCAGAGUUCCCGGGGGAAGGUGUUGCAGUCUGAUACAAAUGAAGCUUUGUUUGGUGUUAAAACUAGACGCCUGGAUGUUCCCGAUGCUCCAAGGAGGUGGGGAGAUGAUACGAGUAGUGCAAGACACACAGCAACAGGUAAGGAGGCCAAGGUCUCGCAUGUUCCUUCAACAGUAUCUCGAUAUGAUGACACAGAAUCUGAGUCGGACUCCGAUAAAGAGAAAGCCUUAGCAAAGCAGAUUCGUCGUGAAGAACGAAGAUUGAAGCGAGAGAAAGAGAAGAGGAAACACAAGCAUCGGAAAAAUCACUCCUCCGACAAAUCGGGCAAGACGAAGAAAGAAAAGAGCCGAGAGAAGGAAAGGCAUCAUCAUCGGAAACGCAAGCGUCAACGAACUGAAUCCUCUUCAGGGACCUCCUCCCCUUGAUUGAUUGCACCCUUUCACGACGCCGUGCUAAUGUUUUCCAUGUUUUGCACAUAAGCUUGGGAUGAAACUAGAGAUAAAUUGUAUUGAGGAUAUCACACCGCAUAUGUAGAGAAGUUUUGUCCCAAGUUGCUGGAGCUUCGUAGUGAUUGUGCUUUUGUAUACGUGGGGCUGUUAUCUAAGGAGACUUUGUACAAAGUGAUUGUUAAAAUUGAAAGUUUCUGGGGAUGUUGCUUCAAACUC